AUGUCGAAACUUGCGUCAUUUUACAAUCGGCUCCUGGACGUGCAAGACCUCAACAAGAACUCCACUGGUUCAAACCUAGAAAUGCGUUUCGGUCAGUUGCCUGCGCUGGCUGUCGUUGCUCUCAUUCUGUGCUGCAGCGCCGUCGUGACCGCUGAUAGUACGGCUCAGGAUCUGAAGUUGGCCAGCGCCAAACCUGGUGCCAUCUAUGGAGGUCACCGCUAUCUCAAAGGCAGCAAGACAUCUACUGGGUUGGAUGCAGCGAACGAAGAAAGAGUUGGCGCGACUACUCCCAGUUUUAAGCAAUACUUGAGCUGAAUAAAAUUACCCAAGCUGUCAGGCAUUCCCGGGUUUAAGCAGCUCAGAGGUUACUUGGUUAAGCGCGAUGCCGCUCGCGUUGAGAAGCUAAGGCAGAAACUCAACAACAAUCCCGGGGCGUACGGCUAUUAAUCAAGCUUGCGAAUGCACAAAGG